UGUGCACUCCCCUGUCUAGUGUCUUGGGGGGGUGGCAAUCGAAAAAUGUCGAGUGAGAAGACACUGCUCUCAAGUCUUAGUCAAUGCGAUUGGAAUAAAUGACUCAGGGUUGAGAUUUCUGGACACCUCGACGUGUAAUACUAACUUCACUGAUCUCAUACAAGGGCAAAAUAAAAGGUGGCCUUCACACUGCCAGCAACACAUCUCAGGAGGCGAGAACAAACCAGAUAGUUUUUCACACCCGGUCUCUCUCCUCCCAUCUGUCUGAAUGCUUGUGCCAAGGCUAUCUCACCAACAGAAAUUCAUCUCAUUUGAGUGACACUUUCCCAUCCCAAUUUUUACUGAAGAAACCAUGAUUUUCUCCCCAUAGUUAUAAAUACAGGCAGCCAUCACCAUGAUUCACAUGUAUGCACACAGUAGUCCCACCUAAGUUGAAGCCGUUCCACUUAUUCUUCGGCUGACACCUUCAUCAAGUGGUGCCAGCCUCAUCCUACUCUAGUAUGAGUUAUGACAUCUCUCAAUCAGUGGCCAGCAGCAACACCCGGGGGCGAGUGUCAAGGGCUGCUGAAAAAGACGAUGACCAGCAGCCUGAGUCCAAAGGGUUAAACGCUGCAAAAAGCACCAAAGCAGAUGUCCCUGCUCCAGAGCAGGAAAACAGCGCCGGGGAUGGCUCAUAUGCCAGCGGAGGGUCCUCAUCCAGAGACCGUAGGGGGAACAACUCAGACGACAUGGAUGGGCUCUCCAGUGGUAACGACUCUGGCGAGAGGGAGAGCGAGGGCGGCACGGAAAGGGAGAGCGGCUCACGCGGGCGCCAGUCCACCCGUAGCUCUCACAGCUCGUCGAAUGGCAAGGACUCCGGCAUGAUGCUGGAAACGACGGAGAGCCACAAAAGCUCCAACUCGCAGAGCCUGUCACCCCCCAGCGGCUCCCUGGCAUACAGCCUGCUGUCCACCAGCUCCGAGCACGACCCGCCCUCCACCUCUGGCUGUAGUAGCAACCAGUCGGCGAGGGUCCAGACCCAGAAGGAGCUCAUGAAGGCCAUCAAGGAAUUGAAGCUGCGCAUGCCAGCCGAGCGCAAGUCUAAGGGCCACUCCAGCACUCUUAAUGCACUCAAAUAUGCUCUGCAGUGUGUCAGACAAGUCCGAGCCAACAAGGAGUACUACCACCAGUGGAGUGUGGAGGAGUGUCAUGGUUGCAGCCUGGACUUGUCUGCCUUUACAAUCGAGGAGCUUGACAACAUCACUUCAGAAUACACCCUCAAGAACACAGACACCUUCUCAAUGGCAGUGUCCUUCCUAUCGGGGAAGGUCGUGUAUGUGUCACCCCAGGGAUCAUCUGUGCUGCGCUGCAAACCCGAGUGUCUCCAGGGCAUGAUGUUUUCCGAGCUUUUGGCUCCACAAGACGUCAGCACUUUCUACAGUGGUACAGCACCUUGCCGCCUACCCCUGUGGGCCUCCUGCAUUGGAUCUGCCUCUCCUGCUGUGGACUGCACUCAGGAGAAGUCCAUGUUUUGUAGAAUCAGCGCCAACCGGACGCAUGGCAGCGAGAUGCGCUAUUAUCCAUUUCGCCUGACGCCCUACCAGCUCACCAUUAGGGACUCGGAUACUGCAGAGCCGCAGCCCUGUUGCCUGCUCAUUGCAGAGAGGGUCCACUCUGGAUACGAAGCACCUCGCAUCCCCCCAGACAAGAGAAUCUUCACCACUAGUCACACUCCCAGCUGCCUCUUCCAGGAAGUGGAUGAGAGGGCCGUGCCAUUAUUAGGCUAUCUGCCGCAGGAUUUGGUGGGAACACCGACUUUGCUCUACAUCCACCCUGAGGAUAGGCCCACCAUGGUGGCCAUACAUGAGAAGAUCUUUCAGUUUGCUGGGCAGCCGUUUGAGUACGCGCCACUGAGGAUGUGCGCCCGCAAUGGGGAAUACUUAACCAUCGACACCAGCUGGUCUUCAUUUGUCAACCCUUGGAGCCGCAAGGUGGCCUUCGUCGUAGGGCGCCACAAAGUCAGAACGAGCCCGCUCAAUGAGGAUGUGUUUACACCAUUGGAAUGCGAGCCCCGCGUCACCACGCCUGACGUCGUGCAACUCAGCGAGCGGAUCCACCGCCUUCUGGUGCAGCCGGUGCACAGCGGCGUUACGUCUCAGGGUUACAGCUCGCUGGGGUCUAGUGGGUCCCGGGGCUCGCGGCGCUCAUACCCGCAGCACCUCAGUGCCUCGGCCGCCUCCUCCAGUGAUAGCAAUGGCCCUGCCAUGGACGACGCUGCGGCAGCAGUUGCUUUACACAAGCCUAUGACCUUCCAGCAGAUCUGCAAAGAUGUUCACAUGGUCAAGACUAACGGCCAGCAGGUUUUCAUCGAGUCUCGUAAUAGGCCACCACCCAGAAAAAAUGCAAACACAGCCAACACAAGCAGCCUCAGAGUCAGCAGCGGUGAUCCAGUUCGUGGGCUCAUUCCUGACGUGACCAAACCGCUCAAAGACCCGGUACCUGCACCGCUUGUGCAAAAAGAGCCCCCACCCGGGUACUCCUACCAGCAGAUCAACUGUCUGGACAGCAUCAUAAGGUACUUGGAGAGCUGUAACAUUCCUAAUACGGUCAAAAGGAAGUGUGGCUCCUCCUCCUGUACGGCCUCUUCUGCAUCUGAUGAAGACAAACAGCAACAAGAAGUCGGCGGAAACGCUAAAGGAGCGUCGGUGAGCCUGGUCGGCGAACCCCCACCUCUGCCCCCGCUGACGCUGGCCAUGAAGGCGGAGAGCGUGGCCUCCAUCACAUCCCAGUGCAGCUUCAGCAGCACCAUCGUACACGUUGGGGACAAAAAGCCCCCCGAGUCAGAUAUUGUGAUGGAGGAGGCCCCUACCACUCCCACACAUGCUCCUCCAAACCCCGCCCCAACUCCCCCCUGUAGUGGUGCCCCUCCCAUCACUCCUCCUCCUCCCCCACCCCCCGCAGCCCUGCCCCUUCAAGCCACACAGCCGGCUCCGCCAGACAGGGACAGCCGCCGUGGUGGGGGCAGCACAGGGACAGCAGGCGGGGGCAGCCGCUUGGGUCUGACAAAGGAGGUGCUUUCGGCGCACACCCAGCAGGAGGAGCAGGCCUUCCUUGAUCGAUUCAAGGAUCUCAGUAAGCUGCGUGUCUUCGAUCAGACGGCUUCUUCAACUGUGCGCUGCCACACCACCGCCCCCAACCCUCUGUCACGAGGGGUGCGUUGCUCUCGUGACUACCCGGCUGCAGGGGGAGGCUCCAGUCACAGACGCGGCCGUGGCGGUAAGCGACUCAAGCACCAGGAGUCCUCUGAUCAGCACAGCUCCGUGGGUCCAAGUAGGAUGCACCGAGACUACAGAAGCAACACGGCACCUGGGCCCCUAAACAUGCCCCUUGGAGCUCCGACUAACUCCUCUUCUUGGCCAUCUGUUUGCUCUCAGCCCAGCAUUCCCCCCGGCCCAUUUGCACCCGGCAUGCUUCCGAUCUACCCGGUCUACCCACCGCUCACUCAGCCCUUACCAGAUGCAUCACGUUUCCCCCCUACCCAGAUGGUGCCCCCCAUGAUGGCAUUUGUUCUCCCUAGCUAUAUGUUCCCUCAGAUGGGCGCUCCCAUGCCUCAGCAGGGCACCGCCCCCGUACCAUUCCUCAAUCAAAACUUUAACUAUCCCGGCGCCGCCCCAGUUCCGGUCCCCUCAGUCAUGUCAAACCCGGUGUCCAUUCCCGGCACAGGAGCGCAGUCACGUAGCAGCACCCCCCAGUCCUACACGCAGACGCCUGCAGACCGCGAUGGCGCAGAGUCCCCGCUCUUCCAGUCUCGGUGCUCCUCUCCACUCAACUUGUUGCAGCUGGAAGAGUCGCCUAGCAAUCGGUUAGAGGUUGCCACUGCAUUGGCGGCCGCUCAGCAAGCCACGCCCUCUGUGCAGGCGGGCACGGCCGCAGGGCAGACCUCAGCCAGCAAGAGGAGCUCUGAUGACAACAGCAAGGAGAAUGAGAACGGGGAAGCUAACGAGUCCAACAACGACGCCAUGUCGACUUCCAGCGACCUGCUGGACUUGCUGCUGCAGGAAGACUCCCGCUCGGGUACCGGCUCAGCUGCCUCUGGAUCAGGGUCUUCAGGGUCUGGCUCUGGGUCAAACGGCUGCUGCUCCUCUGGAACCAGCGGCACCAGCAGCAGUCAGGGAAGCCACACCAGCAAGUAUUUUGGCAGCAUCGACUCAUUAGAGAACGACAAUGCCCGCAAGCAGCCGGCAAGUGGUGGCAGCGGAAGCACUGGAGGCGAUGGCGGCGAAGAGCAGUUCAUCAAGUGUGUCCUGCAGGACCCCAUUUGGCUGCUGAUGGCCAACACAGAUGACAAGAUCAUGAUGACCUACCAGCUGCCCAUCAGAGAUGUGGACACGGUGCUGCGUGAGGAUCGCGAGGCCUUGAGGAACAUGCAGAAGCACCAACCUCGUUUCACAGAGGAACAGAAGACAGAGCUCAGCCAGGUGCACCCGUGGGUGCGCACAGGUCGUCUGCCUCGAGCUGUCAACAUCUCUGGCUGCACCGGCUGCAGGUCUCCUACAUCGGCGCAUCCCGCUCCUCCCUUCGAUGUGGAGCUCCAUGAGAUGGAGCUGUGCGCUGUGCUCAAAACUCAAGAAGAAGGCACCACGAAGGUUAAGAAAAGCACAUCAAAGGCGGCCAUGGAGGGACAUCACCCUGAAGAGGAGGAGGAGGAGGAAGAGGAGCCAGAGGUGGAGGAGGAGAAGAACGAGGAAGGGGGCAAAACACAAGAGAGCAACCAAACAGUGACAGCAGAUGAGCCAGUGGAGGACAACACUCAGCCUGACUGAGUCACAAAGUCAGCGGCCAAAGGGUUAAAACUAAAAAAACACUUAUAAUGUGCACCUUCCCAAAGUGCACAUCCAGUGAUAUCACUACACAUCCUGGGAUGGUGCAUGCUGAUAGGACAGCUGCUAUGUUACAUCACUAACAUUGACGCCAUCGACAAUGCAGGAUGUUCACACCAUUUUUUUUUAUCCUCUUCCUUCGCUCUUGGCUUGUAUUUAUUUGAGGACAACAAGGGAGGACAGCGUACCUCCCAAAAAAUGAUGGAUGUGCUUCACCACAGUGUCCUGCUUGUUCUUCACCCUGACAUCAACACGCUAAAAAUGUACUGUGAAAGACCAGGCUAACUUUAUUUUGUAAAAAAAAAUAUAUAUAUAUGUUUAUAGUUUUAUACAUGCAAGGAUGGCACAGUUAAAGAGAGAGCAUUCGAUUCCGUCACGGUGGUGAGGUGGUUCUUUGAGAUUCGCUUUUCCCGCUCUGUCCCCUCCCUGUGGCGCUGUCGUGGUUAUGUGAUAUCCUGCUUCGCGGCGUCGGUGGUGUCUGCAAAUGUUUAAUAUUUUUGUCAAAUUCUUUGUAUAAAAAAAUGUCAUUAAAGUUAUUUGAAAGGACUUUAAACAUGA